UCGGAGCGGAACCAUAUUUCCGAAUUUGAACAGUUGUUUAGUAAUACUCCGAGGAGUAUUUUUUUAUAUAUUAAUUUAUUAUACUAUUUAAUUGUUAUCGAUAAUGGCUGAUGCGGCCGGCGAAAAGCUCUCGAAAAAUGAGCUGAAGAGGAGGCUGAAGGCAGAGCAGAAAGCCAAGGAGAAGGCAGAGAAGUUGGAGCAGCAACCAGCAAAGCCAGCUGCUUCUGCUGCCAAGAAGGUGUCAGAGGAGGAGAUCAGUCCGAAUGAAUAUUUUGCAUUGAGGAGUCAGGCCAUCGCUAAUUUGAAGACCCUGGGCAAAGAUCAACAGCCCUAUCCACACAAGUUCCAUGUAUCCACAUCACUGGAGCAGUUCAUUGCUGACUAUUCGGAGAUUGGAGAUGGCGAAGUCAAAGAAACGGAGCUCAGCGUUGCUGGACGUGUGCAUGCUAUCAGAGAGUCUGGAGCCAAAUUGAUUUUCUACGAUCUGAGAGGGGAGGGCGUCAAGAUACAAAUUAUGGCAACAGCGAAGAGUUACGUGAGCGAAGAGAAGUUCGCCGAGGAUACCGGAAAAAUUCGUAGGGGCGAUAUCAUCGGCGUGCAGGGAUUCCCGACCAAAACCAAGAAGGGCGAGCUGUCGGUGAUGCCGAAGAAGAUCACUUUGUUGUCGCCGUGCCUGCACAUGUUGCCCCAUCUGCAUUUCGGAUUGAAGGAUAAGGAGACUAGAUUCAGGCAAAGGUACCUGGACAUCAUCAUCAACGGCAGGGUGAGGAACAUCUUCCAGAUUCGCUCCAAGAUCGUUUCUUACAUUAGGCGUUUCUUUGACGAGAUGGGUUUCUUGGAAGUUGAAACUCCGAUGAUGAACAUGAUCGCCGGCGGCGCGACAGCCAAACCGUUCAUCACGCAUCACAACGACCUUAACAUGGACCUGUACAUGCGUAUCGCGCCUGAAUUGUACUUGAAGAUGUUGGUCGUCGGCGGUUUAGAUAGGGUUUACGAAAUUGGUCGUCAGUUCAGAAACGAAGGCAUCGAUUUGACUCACAACCCAGAAUUUACGACGUGCGAAUUUUACAUGGCUUACGCCGAUUACAAUGAUUUGAUUACGAUCACCGAAACCUUGAUUUCUGGAAUGGUGUACAGCAUCCAUAAAUCGUACAAGAUUAAAUACCAUCCCGACGGACCGGAGGGCGAAGAAGUGGAGAUUGAUUUCACACCGCCGUUCAAGAAGAUCCCAAUGAUUCCAGCGCUCGAAAAAGCCCUGAACGUUAAGUUCCCUCCUGCCGUCGAGAUGAACAGCGAAUCUACAAAACAAUUCUUAAGCGAUUUGUGUAUUAAACACGGAGUCGAUUGCCCGGCACCGAGGACCACCGCCAGAUUAUUGGACAAAUUAGUCGGGGAGUACAUCGAGGAGACCUGCAUCAAUCCGGCUUUCAUUACCGAGCAUCCGCAGAUCAUGAGCCCUCUGGCAAAGUGGCACCGCGACAUCCCCGGUCUGACCGAACGUUUCGAACUGUUCGUUAUGAAGAAGGAAGUGAGCAAUGCGUACACGGAGUUGAACGAUCCCGUCGUGCAAAGGCAACGUUUCGAACAGCAAGCAAAGGAUAAGGCUGCCGGCGAUGACGAAGCUCAGAUGGUCGACGAGACCUUCUGCACGGCCUUGGAAUAUGGUCUGCCACCGACGGCUGGUUGGGGUCUUGGCGUGGACAGACUCACCAUGUUCUUAACUGAUAACAAUAACAUCAAGGAGGUACUGUUGUUCCCAGCAAUGAAGCCAGAUGACCCAAACAAGCAUAAGGAGGAUGAGGAGCAGCAGCAGCAAUCGUCAACAUCCAGUUAA